AUGUCGGAUUCCCUUGCUAAAGACGUUGAAAAAUACACCAUCACUGCAGAUGACCAGUCUGCAGAUUACCCUGAACGGUUUAUCACCAACCAAAGCAGAGCUACAUCUUUCCGGUAUGACAAAAAGAACAUCUACAUCAACGAAGUUCCUAUCCCCAAAGAUGACUUUGUCUAUGCAUUUGGUGGCAGUCUUAACGUCGGCAAAAGAGUAGCCACCCCGCAAGAAAAGCAGUAUGCUGAUCCUGUUCCUACUGGUUUGGCAGCUUUCAGUUGUACUGUGUUCCCACUUGGAUUAAUAUUGAUGCAUGCUGGAGGUGUGACUGUUUCCAAUGUCUUGAUCGGUGCCUUUUUGACCACCAGUGGUCUCGUUGAUCUUAUAGUCGGAAUUAUGUGCUUUAUUGUCGGAAAUACAUGGGCAUGCUGUACUUUCCUUCUCUUUGGUGGUUUCUGGUCCUCAUAUGCUUUUCUAUUAAUGGAUGUUGGUGGAGUGUCCGCAUCGUACCCUACAACAGCCGAAUACGACAAGAGUAUUGCUUUAUUCUUCCUUCCAUGGGCCAUAUUCACCUUCUGUCUUUGGGCUUGCACCUGGAAAUCUACAUGGCCUGUUUUCUUGUUGAUGUUCGUUGUCUGGAUCUUCAUCUUGCUACUUGUCAUUGGCCAGUUCAUUGGAUCUGUCAAAAUCUUCAAGGCUGGAGGAUUCUUCUGCUUUAUGGCUGGUGUUCUAGGAUUGUUCAACAUGUUUGCCGGUUUAGCAGACGAGUCAAACUCCUACUUUAUCAUGAAGCCAUGGUUUAUGCCUCAUGCAGCAAGGCCAAACACCGAUGAGGAGGAAAAUAUCGAAGAGGACUAA